GGAUCAACGGAAUGGAGAACAGCACGCAAGCCAGCACUUCUGUCGAGAAAAGAAAUCACCAUUGGAGAAGUUACAAGUUGAUUAUUGACCCGGCUCUAAAAAAAGGACAGCACAAACUCUAUCGCUACGAUGGGCAACAUUUUAGCAUGCCGAACUCGGGAAUCGCUCCUGUGGAUUGUGUCAGGGAUCCCCGAAUAGGGCGAAUAUGGACCAAAACUAAGGAGCUGGAGCUCUCUGUCCCCAAAUUCAAGAUUGAUGAAUUUUACGUGGGGCCAGUGCCUCCCAAGCAGGUCACCUUUGCCAAGCUGAACGACAACAUCCGCGAAAACUUGACCGACAUGUGCAAGAAAUACGGCGAAGUGGAAGAGGUGGAGAUUCUCUACAACCCCAAGAACAAGAAGCACCUGGGCAUCGCCAAAGUCAUCUUCGCCACCGUCAAGGGUGCCCGGGAGGCCGUCCAGCACCUUCACAACACCUCCGUCAUGGGCAACAUCAUCCACGUGGAGCUGGAUACAAAAGGUGAAACCCGCAUGCGGUUCUACGAGUUGCUCGUUAAUGGUCUUUACACUCCUCAGACCCUUCCCGUAGGCACCGAACAGGACGCAUCGCCAACUGUGAAUGAAACCCUCCAGUUGACAGAUUCCCUGAAACGCCUGAAAGACAGCAACCUUUCUUCUGCGGGCUCAUCUGUCACCCCGAACAGCAGCACGCCGUUUUCCCAUGACACAGCCUAUUCCAGCUGCCGGCAGGACACCCCGAACUCGUACAGCCAAUUCACCCCGCAGUCCCAAGGCACGCCUCACACCCCGCGGCUAGGGACGCCGUUUUCCCAGGACUCCACGUAUUCCAGCCGGCAGACGACGCCGGUGUACCACUUCGGGCAGGACAGCGGGUACAAACCCAGGAGACACGAAACCAAAUUUACGGAUGCCUACAACCGCCGGCCGGGCCAUCACUACGUUCAUAACUCGGCGGGUGUCUUCCGAGGGACGGAGCAUCAGUUCGGCACGUACAAAUCCCAUCCGCAGGAGCCAGUCCAGUUCUCGCACACUCCUCCCCUGAGCCACUCUGGUUCUUCGAGUUACAAGUCUGCCUUCUCUCCCUACCAAGCACCAGCCGUGUUCCCCCAGUCCGAGGAGCAGCAGUUUCCCCAAACUUCCAGGGAGACGGAGUACCGGAGACCUGCGCCACCUCCCGCAGAGAUGGUUGUGGAAAGCAGCGCUGCCACGAACAUUGAUUUUGUGCCGGUGAAGGAGAAACCGGAGGAACCUCCGCCCUUGCCAGAUUCGAACUCUGCUCCUGAGCCGAGCGCAGCGUCCUUCUCUCAGACCCCAGAGAGGAGCGAGACCCCCGGCACCCCCACCAUGGAGUCUGAAAUGCAGCAUAACAGUUUAGACUCAAGGAUUGAGAUGCUCUUAAAAGAGCAGAGAACAAAGUUACCCUUUCUUAAUGAACAUGACUCGGACACCGAGGUCCGAAUGGAAGGUAGCCCCAUCUCCUCCUCUUCCUCGCAGCUCUCCCCAAUCCCGAUGUACGGUUCGAACUCCCAGCCCGGUUACAGGGCUCAGACGCCUUCCUCGCGCCCUUCCAGCACAGGCCUGGAGGACAUUAGCCCCACGCCGUUACCCGACUCCGACGAUGACGAGCCCAUCCCUGGGACGGCUUCUCUGAGUCAGAAUUCCAGGGGGACGUCGGAGGCCGGCAUGACCCCCAUCGAUCAGCUCAGCAGGACCUCCAAAGUCGAGCCCUCGGAGGCUAAAGAGAUGGUGCCUGGUGACCAGACCCCAACGUCCGAAAAAAUGGAUGAGGGUCAGCAUUCUUCGGGGGAGGACAUGGAGAUCUCCGACGACGAGAUGAACCCCGCGCCCAUCACCAGCGCGGAAUGUGCCAAAACCAUCGUGGUGAACUCCUCCGUCAGCAACACGGCCGUCAUGGCCCCGUCGAUCCCCCCCAUGCCGCCGCCGGGAUUCCCUCCUCUUCCUCCUCCUCCGCCCCCCCAGCCGGGCUUCCCGAUGCCGCCGCCGCUCCCCCCGCCACCGCCCCCUACUCACCCCGCUGUCACAGUCCCCCCGCCGCCUCUCCCUGCGCCCCCCGGGGUCCCCCCGCCUCAUAUCUUGCCUCCUCUCCCUCCGUUCCACCCCGGCAUGUUCCCCGUCAUGCAGGUGGAUAUGAUAAGCGUCUUGGGCAACCAGUGGGGCGGCAUGCCCAUGUCCUUCCAGAUGCAAACUCAGAUGCUGAGCCGCAUGAUGCAGGCACAGAACACGUACCAGUACCCGCCUUUCAUGGGGGGGCGGAUGCAGUUCGUGAAUCUUCCGCCCUACCGCCCCUUCUCGAUGGGAGCAGCUCUUGGUCGUGGGCAGCAGUGGCCCCCGCUGCCCAAAUUUGACCCCUCGGUUCCACCACCGGGCUACGAGCCGAAGAAGGAAGAUCCCCACAAAGCCACCGUGGAUGGAGUCCUCCUGGUCAUCGUGAAGGAACUGAAGGCUAUCAUGAAAAGGGACCUGAACAGGAAGAUGGUCGAAGUGGUAGCGUUUCGGGCAUUUGAUGACUGGUGGGACAAAAAGGAACGGCUGGCAAAGGCAUCUCUCACUCCAGUGAAGUCUGGAGGCGAGCUGGAGGAGAAGCCAAAGCCGAAGGAUCGAAUCACAUCUUGCCUCUUGGAGAACUGGAACAAAGGAGAAGGCCUGGGAUAUGAGGGGAUUGGCUUGGGAAUUGGGUUACGAGGGGCCAUCCGAUUGCCAUCCUUCAAGGUGAAAAGAAAGGAGCCACCUGAAGCUGCCUCAGCAGGAGAUCAGAAGAGAAUCCGGCCUUCUACUUCUGUUGAUGAUGAAGAUGAAGAGUCAGAGAGGGACAGGGAUGCUUCCGAUGCAACGUCUGACCUGUCAAAGAAGGAUGCAGAAGCAGUGGGGCUGAGGCGGCGACCAGCAAGGCCACUGGAGCUUGACAGCGAGGGGGAAGAGGGAGACGAGACAUCGGGGAAGGAAGAAGAGUCCUCCUCAGAGAAGGAAGAGGAGCAGGAGGAAGAGAGAGGCUUGGUGAAAGCAGCACCUGGAAAGGAGGAAGAGGAGGAUGAGGAUGAAGAGGACGAUGAAGAGGAUGAUGAGGAUGAAGAUGAUGAUGAAGAGGAUGAUGAGGAUGAGGAGGACGAUGAGGAGGAGGAGACAGGUGUUGAAACAAGUGACAAAGAGGAAGAGCAGGACUCCGAGGAGGAAGACGUAGCGAGUCCCUCAUCUUCCAAGGCUGAAGUAGAAUCGUCCGAUGAAAGCGAGGACUCCUCUGAAUUCGAAUCCAGCUCUGACUCAGAUGAAGAUGAGGAUGAUGAAGAUGAGGAGGAGGAGGAAGAGGAAGAAGAGGAGGUGGCUGAAGAUCAAGACAGAGAAGCCAUGGUUGCUGAGACAGAGCAUGAACCUUCCAGUCACGAGCUUCCUGAUGAUGAGAGGGAGACCAUUUUGGAGCUGUAUCCUGUGGAUGACUACAUGGAUGCAACGGGCUUGGGACUCACAGAGCCAGCGUUGGUGGAGAAGGAUGAGGGGAUGGAAGAAAUCAAGGCAGGAGAAGGUGAAUGUGGUGAAGUCCCAGAGGCAUCUAUUGCUGCUGAAACACUCAAACACUUGGUUAUGGAAAGAGACCAGGAGACCAAACUUGCACUGUCUCCCAUCUGUGGGCCAGAGGAAGAGCCUGAACCCACCGCCAUGCUGGAGCCAGAGGUACAGGAAGUUCCAAAGCCUGAAUCUCAAGAUGAGGACGGGACGCUCUGCCUCUCAGCUCCAAUGGGAGUCUUUGGAGAACCUCAGUCCAGUAAAAGCAGCUUCUUUAGCAAGUCUGAUGGCAGCACCUUAGAAGCUCGUGUUAAAACAAAACUGCCCUCUGCAGCAGAGGAGGAUGACCGGCUGCCUCGCACGCCGGGGCGGGAGGUGGUGGUGCAUCCAGAAACUGAUAUUCUUCUGCUUCCAGCCCACAAGGUGCCAUCCUCCACGCUUCCCUUACCGUCGACUCCCGGUAAAGAGGAAUCUUUAAUCCCUCCAGAAAAGUUCCCCGAACAAUUACUGGUGACCAAAACAUCUAUGGAAGAGGAGAUUCCUAGGACUCCUGGGCGGGACAUUUUGGCCAAGUCUUCGCACCCCUUUGCAAAAUCACAGAGCACGGACACUGUUCCAGCAACGCCAGGAAGUGAUGCUCCCCUUACAGGAAGCAGCUUGACCCUCAGUUCCCCUCAAGUCCCAGGGAGCCCCUUUUCCUACCCAUCCCAAUCUCCUGGCAUUAACAGUGGCAUUCCUCGGACUCCUGGGAGAGAUUUCAAUUUCACACCUACUUUCCCAGAGGCUGGUGCUACCAUUCCUUGCCUUCUGUCUGGCAAGAAACCGUCAGAGGAUGAGCUAGAUGAGAAAACCUUUAAAGAGCCUCUCGGUGCUUCCCUUACGAUCAGCAUGAACAGUGUUCCUUCCCCUAUCCCCUUCGCCAGCCCCCCCCAAGCAGAUUUCCACACAGACGUGGGCUUGCCACCUGAUGAGCCAAUACCUGUAGCAGCCCUGCCGUGCAUGCCUGGAGAUGGAAGACUGCCCAUCGAGGAGUGCAAGGCAGACGUAAAAUCUGUUUUACUCUCGCCGGAAGCACCCACUGGUGCUUCUAUUCUUCCUCCCCCCCCACCGCCUUCUGUUCUUCCCAAAAGGAGGCCGGGCCGACCAAAACGGUCGCCGCCUUCUGUCCUCUCCUUGGAUGUGUACUCGGGCAAAACCAUAGAGCCACCUCCCGUCCCAGUGACCCUGGUGGAAAGUGCUAUGAGCAAAGAGCUUCUGAGUGCACAUCCCGAUGCUUUCUAUGGACUGAAAGACCCUGAAACCGUCACCCUGGACUUCAGGAAUGACGGCUUCCACGAGAAAAUAGCGGCUGAGACAGUCGCAGAGAAACUGCCAUUUAAGGAAUUGGAGAACCAGUGGAACGAAGACUUCAAGGAAGAAGAAGCUCACGUGAAGCCUAAAAGACAGUGGCGAAGGCAGAAGAAGUCACCUGAGGACCUCCCGGUGAUUCCUUCCCCUGAGUAUUCCCCACCCCGGCCUCAGUUCAGGCCACGCUCCGAGUUUGAGGAGAUGACCAUUUUGUACGAUAUUUGGAACGGAGGCAUAGACGAGGAAGAUAUCAAAUUCAUGUGUAUCACAUAUGACCGCUUGUUACAGCAGGACAAUGGUAUGGACUGGCUUAACGACACCCUGUGGGUAUUCCAUCCUUCUACCAGCUUUUCCACGCCCAAGAAAAAGAAGCGUGACGAUGGGAUGCGGGAGCACGUGACGGGCUGCGCACGAAGCGAAGGCUAUUACAAAAUUGAUAAGAAGGACAAACUGAAAUACCUCAACAAUAGCCGAGCUUUUGCAGAGGAGCCUCCAGCUGACACGCAGGGCAUGAGCAUCCCUGCUCAACCUCACGCUUCCACCCGGGCUGGCUCCGAGAGGCGGUCAGAGCAGCGCAGGCUCCUCUCCUCCUUCACCGGGAGCUGUGACAGCGACCUGCUCAAGUUCAACCAGCUCAAGUUCCGGAAGAAGAAGCUAAAAUUCUGCAAGAGCCACAUCCACGACUGGGGCCUUUUUGCUAUGGAGCCCAUCGCAGCUGAUGAGAUGGUGAUUGAGUACGUGGGUCAGAACAUCAGGCAGGUCAUUGCUGACAUGCGUGAAAAGCGAUACGAGGAUGAAGGCAUCGGAAGCAGUUACAUGUUCAGAGUUGACCACGACACAAUCAUCGAUGCCACAAAAUGUGGAAACUUCGCUAGGUUUAUUAAUCACAGCUGCAAUCCAAAUUGUUACGCUAAAGUGAUCACAGUGGAGUCUCAAAAGAAGAUCGUCAUCUACUCCAAACAGCACAUCAAUGUGAAUGAGGAAAUUACCUAUGACUACAAGUUUCCCAUUGAGGAUGUAAAAAUCCCGUGUCUAUGUGGCUCUGAGAACUGCAGGGGAACCCUGAACUGAACUCGAGGUUUCUCGUCACACUUGCACCUUCGGCCAUGUCAAAACUGUGGUAACCAGGUGUGGUUGCACUUUGCCAAAAAAGAAAAAAAAAAGAAAAAAAAUGAGGAAAAAAAUAAGGAAAAAAAGGAAGAAAAAAAUUAAAAAGGAAAAAAAUAUAUAUUAAAAAAAGGAAAAAAGAGAAGAGAAAACCAAGCAAGUUUCGCACUUCUGCCAGGAUCACGAAUGAAAGCAAAAAGCGCACAUGCUUACGAGGACUGUUCAUGUUUCAGGUGCUCUUUCCUUUUCAGAUCCAACACGCACACAAAAAGGUGACUACCGUUUUGUGGCAUGGUCUAUCCAAACACUAGCUUCUCUCUGUUCAGUCCCUACGUUAAGGCUCCUUCAUGGGAUAAUGGUACCUUUUUUUAAUUGUUGGUAUAAACCUUCGUCUUUUCAUAAAUGCUGCUACCUUUUUCUCAUCAGUUUUGUUGGUUGAAAAAGACAUUCAACGUUUAAAUGUGAAGCAGAGACUGAAAAUGCCAUAUAGGGUUUGUUGGGAGCUUGAUUGGCUGAAAUUGCACAGAUUUCUCAGAGUAAGCUGUAAAUAAAUGUAAGGUUGAUGUUACAGAGCAAGCCAGAGGCUUGAGGGUGUGUGAAUGGGUGUGUGCGUGUGUUUGGGUGCAUGUGUGUGUAUGGAGACGUGUCUGCAACGAGACUAUAGGUGAACUGUCCUGUCUUUUUGUUAGGGGUGAGCCCGAACAAGUCCCCUAAGCCAGACACCCCGGGGAACGCCAGGUCAGCCACAGACCUGAGCUUAGCGCCUUGGGCUCAUCGCUAAUUUUCAUAUGCCAUGCUGGUAUAUUGGGGGAUCAAAACCUCAGCACCCCUGCAAGAAAAAUAGUGGGUCCCGCAAUCAGUGGUAACGAGCUGAGUCAGCUGGGCAGUCCGUUUGGCACCACGUAUGGCCUUUUGGGAUGCCCAUUUCUCGUAGACUGGUUUAUCUAGUGUCCAAAAAAAAAAAAAAAGAGGCUGAAAUUAAGUGGGAAAUACAGCCUCAGUUACGCUGUAGAAACCUUACCCUUCUUUUAAGCAUACACUACGAGCCAUGUUUCUAAUAGGAGUUUCUCAUAGGAUUUUCUUCCUGUUGAUGGGAAACAGACUGAUGUGUUCCUCAUCUUAAUUUUUCUCACUUCUGUCUGCAUUUCCCUGCCCUUCCAGCAUUUUACAUGGAGUAUUUGCCCUGUCCUUGAAUGGGGAAGAUUCCUCCUGUGAUAGGAGCGAGCUGGACCUGCUGCUCUCCUCCCCCGGUUACUCAGUAACUUGCCCCGGGGUAGUCCCAUCCUUUCAGUAAGACCAAACGUGGUGGAAAGUGCCCCGAGCGCAGGCUGCGAUAGCAAUCCCAUCCUCCCCCACCUGCAGCGUGAAAAUGAAUUCUUCUUCAAACUAGGAAGCCCGUUUUGAGAUGGUUUUUCAAUCUCUUUUGACCUUGUAGACGUGCUGAGGUGGCGUUUGCGGUUCUUCAAGGGGUUCCAUUUAAAAAUGGGCCAAAGCACCAAAGAAAAGCUUCUUUGGAUGUGAUCUGGGAACGUUAGACGACAGUUCAGGUAUAGACAGGAUCAGGUUUUUCAACUCGCGUGGAGUUUCUCCUGCUUUAAAAGUAGAGAUUAGUUGUGCUAAACCUCCCUAAUUGGCUUAUAGGGGAAACAGCAAUGUAAUUGUGAAACGCAAACAUCGUCUGCGUAACUAAAAACCUUCUCCCCGCAGAACAAAUUGGCCAGCUGUAUUCUUGUAGCCUUGUAAAAUUAGUGCUAAUUGCUCUCCGACCACAGCUCCGUGAUCAGAGGUUGCAAAAGAGUUUCCUGGAAGUUUUUUUGCCACCGUGACGUGGAAUUGCCAGGCCUGUGCCGCAGAGCGGAGCUUGCGAUGUGGGUUAGACCUCUGUGUUUGAAUUCCUUCCUCAGACAAGAGGCUGGCAAGAGCAGGAGGGUGCAGGCUGCCGCCAGCUGCCGUCUGCCUGCGGCUCUGUCUGAGGGCAAGGAAAUCGUCCCGAAGGUUGGACAGUCCGUGAUCUCAUCUCUGGUUUUCUUUCGUUGUUUCCUUUGCUUUGGGGUUUUUCCCCCUCUUCUUUGUAAUUCUCUCUGGCAAUUGAAUAAUUGUGACCCAGAGCUUAAAAUUAUGAGAAGCACAAAUAGUUUGUCGUUGAACUUGGGUUGUAACAACAGCUGUGGCAGGAGAAUUUGGGGAUUAAACCAGCUGCUCUGAUUCUUUUUCUUUUUUGUUUUCAAAUGAGGUUCCUCUUGUGCUGAUGCUCCAGUUGGCAUCUCCACAGCUCAGCCUUUUGUUUUGAAGCUUUAGAAAUGCACAGAAAUUUUGUGUCUCAGAACCGAAGCCCCUGCCUGUAGCAGUCCUGCCCCUGCUCUUGGCCUUCUUCCUCUCUAGCCCAUCAAACCAGAGCGUGAAUUGGUUUUGUGGGGGGGAAAACCCCAACUUCACUCAACCCCUAAGUACCUCCUGGUGAUUCUGUACUUCCCAGCAUCUCUGUGUGCUCUGGAUGGGGUCAGCCCCGGCAGGUUGUUGAGGGAAGGCGUGAGGCAGAGCAGGGUCCUGUGGGACGAGGCUCACGGCUCGGGUUCCUCCGCGGUGUUUGCAGGAGCACCACAGGGAUUUGGGUGCCGAAGGCCUCGAGCACUGAAAUCGCUGGGGCGCUCCUGAAACCGCCUGUAACCCAGUAACCAUCCCUCUGCAGUUUUCCAGGUGGAUAACGUGAGCUUUUGGAAGAGCUGAGCUCCCGGGAGCCCCCAGGAGGAAGCAGAGCUGUUUGCCAGCACUUCUGAAAACCCACGUUAGUCCUCAAAGCUGAGGCUUUGCUUUUCUCCCCUUAGGUCUUGGCUUGCAGAGCCCUCCCUGUGCAGCUGGUCAGAGCAGCCCUGUCUCCAUGAUUUUAUGGCGGGGUUUAGGUCUGAUCGAGGCAUCCUGUGGCUGCCCUGUCCCUGCGGGGCCAGGGAGCCCUGCAGCCAUGGAGGUGGUUUGGGAAGGCAGCCCCAUGGAGCCUCCUUCCACACCCCCAGGUGCUUUGGCUUGUGCUGCUUGACAGAGAGGUGUGCUGGAGUCAUUCUGUUCGCUGUCCUAAAUUUAUUUUCACUUAAAUUGAACCCUAAAACAGAGAGAGACGUUGACUGUGCUCCCUGCGAAAUUGCAGCUCGCUUGGGUGGCUCUGCUGGGUGAAACGAUUGCGGAGAGCAGUGCAGAGGCUUGGGAGGUGUCCCUCCAGCCCGUAGUGUCCCCAGGUGAGCGAGCUGGCUCGAGGUCAGCGUGCGAAUCCCGCAGCAGCUGGCGUUCCUAGGAAGUGUGCUCUGCUUGCAAACCCCACCUGCCCUCGCCCUCACUGCCCCGUGUCCUUCGGUCGCCCCCAAAGCGCCCUGUAGCCAUCGGGGGCGGCGGGGCAGGGGCUCAUCCUGCAGAUAUUUAUAUUGUAUAGAGCAGCUUAUUUCUACAAGGAAAAAACAAAACAAAAAACAUUUUUAAACUCCAACAAAGUAUACAGUAGUUUCAGUUCCGGUUUUUGUGACCUUUUUCAGGGAUCAUUUCAGUGCAUUUCUGUAUAAAAUAAAAAUUUAAGGAAAAAAGGAUUUUGAAGUAUAUUAAAAAAAAUGCAUCUUCUGUACAUAGGCAAACUCAAGAAUCUUCUCUUCAAACACUGUUUCUUGUAGAAACAUGUUGAAAUUUUUUUGCUGAUUUCUUUGUACUUCAAGAGCAUGUAAAUAAUUUAUUAAAAGUGACUAUUGUAAUUUGGAGUUCUUUUUAAACAGAUUCCAGCUCUAAUUCAUGUCGAGAAGGUGGGGAGGAAGAAGGACUGAGUAUAGCAAAGGAGCUGGUGGCAUUUACAGCUUGUGUCAAGCUUUGUAUAAUGUAAAUUCUGUAUAAAUAUGUUUUUUUUUUGUCAAAUAAAUAGAUGGAAUUAGCAGCAUUAAGAAACUGAAGACAAAAAAUUGCCAAGUCAAGGCUUCUUCUUUGCCCCCCCGCCCCAUUCUGAAACCUAAUGUGCAAAAUCUAUUUAUUUCAAGCGAGGAAAUGUGUACAGUCUAAUAGACAACCUAAAAUGUAUUUAAGCGAGUUUGCAACUGGAUUUUUUUCAUUUUAAUAUUUGUUUUGUUUCUAUGAGUUUCCUCCUUAAUUGCCACUGUAGUAUUUGUCCAAGUGAAAAGAAACCCUCUGGAACGGACACUCAAACGGGCAGUUUUAAAAGCGAAAGGGAAGAACACCCGGCUCCAAUCCUGCAGUUUUCUGGUUCCUUUAACAGGUUGUUUUAAUUCACGGUGUGAAAAUAAAGGGCUUCCUUUAAAAGGAGGCAGGUAAAAUGGUUUGCAAUAAAUGAUUUUUUUUUUAAAGUUCCUUUAAAAAAAAAAUCUGCUUUGAAGAUUUAGGAUUUCUGCUUUUUCUUUUGUUAAGCAAAUUUAUAAAUUUAGGGAUGUUUUGUGCAUAUAGAAUCUGUCACCAGUAUGUAUCUUGUUUUGAAGAAAGUGUUUUUGUUGUGGAUGUGUCAUGCUGUAUAUAUUUGUUCAUAUUUUUGUGAAUUGAAUACUAUGUACCAUUGUAUUAUAGUAACUUUUAUAAAGCAAACCAUAAAUAUACUGACUUUUCUUACAGAAA